AAUCAAAAUUUCACCAAAAUCACCAUUGUUUCUGAACAGUAAAACAGUUCGUGUAUUGUGCGCAUUCUAUAAAUAAUCAGUUGCUACCUUUGUACUGAGCAAUAAGCUGUUAUACCAAAUAAUUAAUAGUGGUUUUGAGAUUUCAUUGAAAAGAAUCUAUCAAAACAAUUUAUUUUUAGAUUUCUUCAUCAUGACUCCUAAUCUUCAAACUUUCGUCAAUAGUUUUCAAAAUCGCCUAGAACCUCCUGUGCGCCAGCAUUUAAAGAAUGUAUAUGGAACCCUGAUGAUGACAUGUGGCUCAGCCUUAGCUGGAGUGUAUGUUGAUAUGUACACCUGGUUCCAAGCUGGAAUCUUAUCUGCUAUUGCUGGAGCUGGUCUUAUGCUUAUGCUCAUUGCAACCCCUGACAAUGGCAAGAACACUAACCUCCGUCUGGGAUACUUGCUUGGUUUUGGCCUUACUUCAGGUAUGAGCUUGGGGCCAUUGCUGGAGUAUGUCAGCUUUGUUGAUCCAUCUAUCAUAGUGACAGCUCUCUUGGGCACCACACUGGUGUUUGUCUGCUUCUCUAUUGCUGCCAUGCUUGCUGAACGUGGAAGCUGGCUGUUUCUGGGAGGCACACUGAUGACCUUACUUACGUCUAUGUCACUCAUGACCUUAGUCAACAUCUUUAUGCAGUCUCAUCUCCUGUAUCAAGCUCAUCUGUACUUGGGACUCAUGCUCAUGUGUGGCUUCGUUCUGUUCGACACCCAACUUAUCAUUGAGAAGCGCCGUAUGGGAAGCAAGGACUUCGUGCAACACGCCUUAGAACUGUUCAUUGACUUCAUCGGAAUGUUCAGGAGACUGCUAAUUAUCUUGUCCCAGAAGGAGGAACAGAAUCGCCGCCGCAAACGUGAUUAAACAUUGCUAAUAAUAGCAAUUUCCUUAUUUACGCAAGACUUAACCAUGUUACCAAGCAUUUACGUAUACACUUACGUGUGAGUUGUAUACAUUAGUCAUCAAUUUCUGACGCAAUGAUGAAGUUAAGUUUCGCGAAGGCAA